GCGAUGAUGGAUGAUCGGACGGCGCAGACUGCGUCGAGAUCCGUGGUGCCAGCGGGUAACUAGCCCCCACCCCCCGCCACCGCGUCGCGCCACGCCCACGCGCUCGGCCUCGCCUUCCGUUUUCAACCAGGCGACGCCAGCCAGCUCGCCCCGCGCCUCCGCACGGGAUCGCGCGCCGGAGCCGGAGCCGGAUCGAUCGGCGGCCCGCAGGAGAAGGUAGAGCUCGCCGAGUCCGCCCGAGGACGUACGGUACACGGGAUGGUGGAGGCGCCGGCGCCGGCGGAUCUGAGCGCGGCGGCGCAGGUGCCCGCGCUGCCGCUGCAGGUGGAUCUCCUGCAGCUGCCGCCGGAGGUGCCGGCCCCGGGUGCCCCCGCGCUGCGCGGCGUCCUCGACCGCCUCUUCGCGCACUGGCUCUCGCUCCCGGACACCGCCGCGCUGCUCGCCAGCCUCGUGCACAAGGCCAAGGCCAGCGGCGGCGGUGGCGCCGCGGCCGCGAUGCUGCCCUCCAUGAUGCUGCAGGGGGGAGCCGCCGUGCCGCCGCUCUCACCGAGGUCCCCGCGCCUCUCGCGGAGGCCCAGCAGCCUCGGCGCCGGCCAGCCCAACCGCUCCGCGUCGCCGCUCCGCCCGCCAGCCGCGCGCCCCGCCAAGGAGGUCAUACCGCAGUUUUAUUUUCAAGAUGGACGGCCACCGCCGUACGAGGUGAAGAAGCAAUGCAUAUCGACAGUUGAUCAGCUCUUCGCCGGCCACUCAAAUGGUCUUCGGGCUCCAGAAUUUCGGAUGGUUACCAGGGAACUCUGCAAACUACCGACAUUCUUUACCACUGUUAUCUUCGAUAAGAUAGACAAGGAGAGCACGGGAUUCGUGACAAGGGAUGCCUUCAUUGAUUUCUGGGUGAAUAGCAAUUUGAUGAGUAUGGAUAGUGCAACCCAAGUGUUCACAAUUCUGAAGCAACAGAACCGCAAUUACCUCACAAAGGAGGAUUUUAAACCGAUUCUGAAAGAUCUUUUGGACAACCAUCCUGGUCUGGAGUUCUUAAAGAGUACACCUGAAUUUCAAGAAAGAUAUGCUGAGACUGUCGUAUAUAGAAUAUUCUAUUCCUUGAAUCGAAUUGGGAGUGGACAUCUGACACUCAGGGAGCUGAAGCGUGGAAAUCUACUCAAUGCACUCAGGCAUGCUGAUGAUGAAGAGGAUAUCAAUAAAGUUUUAAGGUAUUUUUCAUAUGAGCAUUUCUAUGUGAUAUAUUGCAAGUUCUGGGAGCUGGACACAGACCACGACUUCUUUAUUGACAAAGAAAAUCUUAUUAAGUAUGGAAAUCAUGCACUGACAUAUAGGAUUGUAGAUAGAAUUUUUUCAGAGGUUCCUAGGAAAUUUACAAGUAAGGUUGAAGGGAAAAUGGGCUAUGAAGAUUUCGUCCAUUUUAUAUUGUCUGAAGAGGACAAAUCAUCAGCGCCAAGCCAAGAAUAUUGGUUCAAAUGUAUAGAUUUGGAUGGCAAUGGCAUACUUACACACAUUGAACUACAGUUCUUUUUUGAGGAGCAACUUCAUCGCAUGGAGUGCAUGGCCCAGGAACCUGUUCUAUUUGAGGACAUCUUGUGUCAGCUCAUUGAUAUGAUUGGACCUGAGAAUGAUAAAUAUUUGACAUUGAAAGACUUCCGAAGGUGCAAACUGUCUGGGCAUUUCUUCAACAUUCUCUUUAAUCUGAACAAAUUUAUGGCAUUUGAAGCUAGGGAUCCAUUCCUCAUCCGCCAAAUGCGUGAAGAGCCAUCAUUAACAGACUGGGAUCGUUUUGCACGAAGAGAGUAUGUAAGAUUGGCGAUGGAAGAAGAUGGUGAAGAUGCUUCCAAUGCAAGUGGAGAUGUUUGGGAUGAGUCACUUGAAUCUCCUUUCUAGAUUGAAAAAUACACUGUGAAGACAUCAGACAUUCACAUGCAGCCCUAAUAAUCAAGUCAAAUCAUGAUCGCAGCAAAGCAUGAACAGUUAUUUGAUUCUUAUCUUUACAGAAACUAUAGUUGAGGCAGCUGCAUGCUUGCUGGCACCAUCCAAAUUUUCACAUGGAAGCAAAAACAGAUACGUCCACCUAGUUUGCUGCAGAGUCCAUUUUGUUCUUGGUGACAUUGAGAGGUUUUGUCAUUGCAUCCAUGAUAUGGUCUAGUUUUGCUGCCAAAACUUCAACUGAUUGAUUCAUGGCAGCAACAAGAGAACAGCACCUUGUGAUUAUUCCAAAGGCAGACAAUAAGAAGAUGAGCAGGGGUCCUUGCAGCGGAUGCAAUCUUCAUAUGGUGGAUAGUGAAUAGUUGGCAUCCACAAUUUUUAUUCUCAUAGUGUCUCGAUUAGCUAUCUGUCAAAGUAUUCUUUCUUUGUUGAAUAAGGUCAUCAAGAAGGCCGGCCAUUUACUUGUGUAUUCUGUACUUUAUUUAGUUUGUAGUCACAUGAACAAUGAGCUGAAAUACUAUAUAUCACAGGUUUGUUGUCAUUUUUCACACACACUAUUGUAUUUAGAUGUAAUA